UGUAUGUGUGUGCCGCUUAGCUGUUAGCAUCUAGAGAUGGCCGCAGACAAGCAAAACGAAGCUAAAGUUUCCCCCAUGGACGAAAACAAAGAAAAUUUAUCGGACGGAGGACUUGGACUGGAAAUCUUGCAAAUCAUCAAGGAGUCCCAGCAGCAGCAUGGCCUCAGGCACGGAGACUACCAGAGAUACAGGGGCUACUGCUCUCGCAGACUGCGUCGCCUACGCAAGACUCUUGGUUUCAAGAUGGGAAACCGACACAAGUUCAUUGGGAAGAAAAUAACUGUUGAAAUGCUUUCUGACAGCAGGUAUCUAUUGCUUGUUUUGAUGGAGGCAGAGCGUGCGUGGAGCUACGCCAUGCAGCUGAAGCAGGAGGCCAAUACAGAGCCACGCAAACGCUUCCACCUGCUGGCACGUCUACGAAAGGCUGCCAAGCACAGCGAGAAGCUGGAGAAGCUCUGUGAAAGCCACCGUGUUGAUGCCAAGACCAAACUGGAGGCACAGGCCUACACUGCAUACCUCAGUGGCAUGGUGGAGUUUGAACUGCAGGAGUGGAAGCGUGCCAUGGAGGCUUUCAACAAGUGCAAGACCAUCUAUGAGAAACUAGCCAGUGCGUUCACAGAGGAACUGGCAGUCCUGUACCGCCAGCGUGUGGACGAGAUAUCGCCCAACAUCCGCUACUGUGCUUACAACAUUGGUGACCAGAAUGCCAUCAAUGACUUGAUGCAGAUGAGAUUGACUGGUGGAGGAGGAGGCAUGAUGGCUGAGAAACUUGAGGCCCUGAUCACUCAGGCAAGAACCAAGCAGGCAGCCACCAUGAGUGAGGUGGAGUGGCGAGGUCGGACGGUGCCCGUCAAGAUUGACAAGGCCCGCAUCUUCCUGUUGGGUCUUGCAGACAAUGAGGCCGCCAUUGCUCAGGCAUCUAACGAGGAGACCAAAGAGCAUCUGUAUGAGACCCUGCUGGCCGAGUGCAGAGACACCAUCCAGGCUGUGAGAGAGGAACUCAAGAGUGAGGCGAAGCAGCGAGAAAGGAGCACCGAUGCCGACAGUGGCAAGGUGUCCAACCUGCAGUUCCUGCACAGUUACCUGACCUACAUCAAGCUGUGUACUCUGGUGAAGAGGAAUGAGAGCAUGGCCCAUACUCUUCAGGAUAAACUGAAGGAGCCUGAGACCGACGAGAGCAAGAGGGGUCCCCGUCCACAGGACCUCAUCCGCCUCUAUGACAUCAUCCUGCAGAGUCUGGCGGAGCUCUCCACCCUGCAGGGUCUGGAGGAUGACCACACCUUCCAGAAGGAGGUGUCCCUCAAGACGCUGGUCUACAAGGCUUAUAGGUGCUUCUUCAUUGCCCAGUCCUACGUGCUGGUGAAGAAGUGGAGUGAGGCCCUGGUGCUGUAUGAGAGGGUGCUGAAAUAUGCCAAGGAGGUCCAGUCCAAGGCCAAGAGCCUCAACAACAGUCUUAAGGAUCUCCCUGAUGUUCAGGAGCUCAUUGCCAAGGUCAACGCUGAAAAAUACUCACUUCAAGCUGCUGCCAUUUUAGACACUGAUGAGACCGCUGAAGUUCCCUCUCAGCAGCAGGUGAAAGACAACACGCCCCUCUGCAACCGCCUGGAGACCUUCCGCCUCGACCCAGCCCUCGUAGGAAAGCAGCCCAAUCUGGUCCAGUUCCCCCCUGACUUCCAGCCAAUCCCCUGCAAGCCCCUGUUCUUUGACCUUGCUCUCAACCAUGUGGCCUUCCCACCGCUGGAUGACAAGGUGGAGCAGAAGGGCAAGGGCGGUCUGACCGGCUACAUCAAGGGCAUCUUUGGCUUUGGCAGCUAAAUCAAACCCCAGGCUUUUGCCUCCACAUGAGAGCCACCAGGCCCAGAGUUAACCACAAACAACCAGACUUGGGUCAGUUGUUAUAAUAAUAAUUUCACUUGUUUUUAAUUUGAUUUGUGGUGCCUAAGUGCAAGACGAGUGGAGUUUGCAGUUCUGAAGAAGGCAGUAGAGUGGGUCUAAUCUUCAAAGAAAGAUUAUAGAAAAAGAAAAGUAAUCACAUCAAUUUCCAAUAGCAAUAUGACCCAAGUCCACCUGCCACCUUUAGUAAUAACACGAGGCUGCGUGGGUUCCUAGCAGACCUUAAUUUGAGCUAUGGAGGUGCCUGUGACUUUAAAGUUUUACAGGUUACCAUGCCAUGGUUCUUGAUGCCUACAGCCAAGUUGUUAAUCUCACAAUCUUGUCAGAGUAAACCAAGCCACUUUGGCAUCACUGGUAACUUUUUUCUUUUUUUCAGUGUUACAUAAGCGCCUUCAUUUAAUUGUCUCAAAUUCUUUCCUUUUGUGUGUGUUUCAGCCCUGUCUCUUAAACCUAAAACGUACAAAGUGCAGUCUUAUCUCAGAACCUGUUGUGCUCAUUAAGAACCAGAAAUAACCCUGUGACCUGUAGCUCGACAAACUGAAGCUGAUGCAAUUAUCAAGCGUCUUCAGCUGCGUCCCAUUUCUUCCCUCUUCACUUUCACAGUGAUCUCUCCUCCUUUUGAUUCCACAUUAUUAUGUGAAUUAAAACCUCUCUACAUACACUGACAAGUCAGCCCACCCCGUCUUCCUCCACAUAGAUUUUUGUUUACCACAGCAGCUACAACACCUUGCAGCUGGCUCUUGAAAAAGCAUAGGAAACACUACAGGCCAGUAAUGCAACAUUAAUCUGGAUGUGAUAAGCUGCUAAAAGCACAAGAAGGAUAUCUAGACGCUUUUUGUUCGUCUUUUGUAAUUGGCUCCUGAUGGGUACAAGUCAUGUGCGCAGUUGUUACCUCUUCACACAGAGGAAAACUGAAUUAUGAGAGUUGUGGGAAGAACUGGGAUAAAGCUUGAAAGUUUUAAAUGCAACAGGAUGAUGGAAGACACAGCCUUGAAUCAAAGUGUGAAAUGUUGUUUUCAAAAAAAGAAAAAAAAAGAAAGCUGAAUGGAUCAUUGUUUUAAUUUCUUAAUAUCAACUGGUCAUACUGUUAAUGUUGUACUGUGUGAUGUUUGGGACUGAACUUACCAUAAUGUCAGACAAGAGUCCGACUGCUCCAACUCGUCUAGAUGGAAAUGCAGAACUCACAUUUUAUCACCACUCUCAUAUUUUCAAGGCACAUGCUUUCCCUACAAAAGGGCCUGCUGGCUGGUGACCAUGUCGUACCCUCCCCGAAGUAGGAAAUAGCAAGUGCAGCUCCUCAGACUGUAAUUAAUUCCAGCAUUGUUUUUAUUUUGACAUUUGUAUUUACAUUUUAGCAAACUUGCCGUCAUAGGACAGCAGUAGACAUUCAGGACUUGAGGGAGUUUUUAGCAGCCUUUUCAUUCAUCACACCACCACGCCUCUUUGUCCAUCAUCAGUAGGACUAAACUGUUUUCAUCACCAGUUACAUGUAUGUCUAUACUGUAGCGCUAGAAAAAUGUGAUGUCAUCGGUUGUUUGCCAGUCAUAAUGUAGAGUCAUGUCUUCUUGCUACACCAAAGCCACUCAUUUCCUCUGAUCCGUACGGGACCUGUUUCACCUGUGAUAACUGGUGAAACUCUAGCUAGAGGACUGUUUGUGUCACUCACUCAUGUAACACACAUGUAACUGUUUUGCUGACUUAUUUUUAUCAAAGUUUUGUUUUUCUUUUUUUCUCCCCUUUAGUGUUUUAUGUUAAUGAAAUAAGAUGGAGGUGCUGGAAUAGUUCCAGCACUGUACCUCGGGCAGCCUGGAACACAAUUAGUCAUGAUCAAUAAUUGAAACUAUGAGGAAUGUAUGAUUUGAUUUAGUCUCCAGGCCUAUAAUUAAAAUAUAUUUGCACCAAACACGGUUUUUCUUCAUGUUUUUCAUUCCAGUCUUGUAUGGAAAAAUCAGUGGCAUUAAUUUUUAACUGUGGUUCUUUGUCAUUCAGAGACGACCAUGAUAGUGAAAAAUAAAC